AUGUUACCAUUAGCUACAGAAAUCGAUUGGGUCCCGUCGAAAUUUGGCGUCCAAUGUUGGUUUCGAAACAACAGUAAUGUCUACCUUCCACUUCAUCAAUCCUUCUUAUCAAAUUUAGGACCAAUUCAAACUAUACUACUCAUAAUCAUCGAUGUAGCCUUUGUAGUCAAGUUUCGUCAACAUUUUCAUAAACAUACAAACAAGGCGAAUCCAACAGAUACCCAGAAGAAAGACAAUAAAAAGUUCAAUCGUUAUCGACUGUUGUUUAUCUCAGCUGCGUCUUACACCCUCCUGGCUACAGUCCAGUGUAUAUUUUUAUCGAUCGCUCGUUUGAGCAGUGUUGAUGUCAUCGUGUUUGAAACCGGGCUUGCUUACAAUAUGUCGGAUAUUUUAUGGUAUUUAAAUAUUCUCAGAGAAGUUUUAGACUUUGUAAUUUAUCAGAAAUGUUUUGGAAUCUUUGACGUGAUUAUCUUGAAGGUGUCUGUUCUAUGUUUCCGGCGUACAUUGGAUACUCGAUCAAGUAAUCUUUUCAAUGGAACUGAAAUGACCACAGACUAA